CAUGGAGAACAUAACAGACCAGGAGCUGAGGCGGCUACUGUCGAGCAAGGGCCACCAGAUCGGUCCGGUGACUAACACCACUAGGAGUAUUUACCAGAAACUGUACACAAAGCUGCUAGAAGAAGAGGAUAUAGAAGUAAAGUUGGGAUCCCCCAUACUGAGUCCUAGACCUGACCCAGCUAGCACCCCAGUCCUACGAAACAACAAACUCAAGAGAUCACCCUUAACUUUGACUGAUGAUGAGAAGUUGUGCGAGGCCACCUUCUCUAUUCCUGACGAUAAAAAGAAGAAAGUUGAGGAAGAAGAGGAUAUAUCAGACGCGACACCUCACUCCUUAUAUGGGCAUCACGUGGGGACACCUCACUCCUUAUAUGGGCAUCACGUGGGGACACCUCACUCCUCACCCACAACAAAGGACACAACUCACCCCAUUUCUAACAUCACUUCAGGGCUCAAUAGAGUCCGCUUCAGAGGUAUCCCAACCUACCAAGUGCCCUCACUACGACGCAGCACAAUUGAGCGCACAGCACUCAGUAAGAAGCUUGCGGAGGAAGCGGUCUGUGUAACAAGUAGUGUAACUAUGGUAACCAGCACCACUAAGAAAGGUGUUUUAAGGGCCCCAGGGGUUAGAGUGACCGAGUCUUCUGCUACUCUCAAGGAGAAAAUUGAUGCUGCUGCGAAAUCAGAGACUAAAGCUCCCAGCAAAACAUCUGCAUUUUCUAACACAAACAAACUCAACGUUACCAGUAAACUGAACGUAACUAUGGGUAACACGCCAGGUUACAUGAAAGGAACAAGCUCCACAUUAAAGAAAGGCUCUAAGAAAGACGCUGUUAAACCUGCCAGCGCUAUUUCAGCUAACAAGAAAAACGACUUGAAUACAACACGGAAUAGGAUGAGGAGAAGCAUUCGUUUAGCAACGAAGAGAAGCAUACGCAGCGUACGUGGCCAACCUACUCCUGUAAUUAGACGUGAUAAGGACUACAUCCCUAAAGUUGGUGGUUCUGCUAUCAGGAAAGCUAAAGAAACAGGAAACUCUACUUCUGUAUCCAAAGGAAACUCUACCAAGGGAGGUCCAGCUGCUAGUGGCAAGAAGAAGCGUGCAGCCUGGGAUAUUAAAGGCCGACUUGAAGACGUGACAAGUCUGUACAACUCUCUGAAAGAAGAGAGGGGGAGUAUGGAGGAGAAGCUGGUAGAGUUGGAGGAUGAUGUGAAUCAGAAGACUGGGGACCUGGACAUGUUAAAAAUAGAGAACGUGCAGUUGAAAGAGGAUUUGAGCACGACAACAGUGCAGCUAACUGAGAUAAACACUAAGUGUCACGAGCAAACCUUCAAGUUAGACGAGGCUAUUAUUGAGAGGAACGAGAAGGUGUCAUCUUAUGAGCGGAUAAAGCGCGAGCGUGAUGAACUGGAAGAAGAUUUCUCCCGUACGAAGUCUAAGAUGAGGGAGGCAGAGAACAGAGCAGAUGAUUUAGAGAGAGAUUUGAGGAGAGCUAACAAUUUUAGGGAGGAGGCGGAGGAAGAGCUGGUUAAGAGCAAGAAACGUGAAGGACAACUCAAUGAGAAGAUAGAGGAACUGAAUGAGGAGAUAAAGAAGCUAAACUGUACAAUAGCCAGUAGAGACAACAAGAUAUGUGACAUUGAGAGGACCCUAGAGAAAGAGAGGGGAGAGAAGGGGGAUGUGCACAAUAUACUGCGGAGGAAGGAACAACAUAUAGAGCAACUGGAUACUAAUAUUGCUUCUUUGGAGCAGAACAUCAAGGAAUUGGGUGAUACUGUUAGCGAGAAGAAUAGCAGUAUAGAUAAAUUAGAAGGGAACCUCUCCAAGGAGCAGCGCAAUCACAGAGAUAUAAACAGAGUGCUGUCAGAUAGAGAAAGUCAGAUCAGCGAACUAGAACAGAAACUAACAGUGUGCACUGAGAGAUUACAAGCAGGGGAACUACUCAGGAGGAAACUUCAUAACACUAUUCAGGAGCUGAAGGGUAAUAUCCGUGUAUACUGCAGAGUUCGCCCUUUCCUUCACAGCGAAGUCAUGACUGGCCAGCCGACCCACGAGGUGCCCCAGAUAGAGUUUAGUAAAGAUAAUACCAACAUAACUGUGUCUUCUUUCUCAGAGCCGACCCACGAGGUGCCCCAGAUAGAGUUCAGUAAAGAUAAUACCAACAUAACUGUGUCUUCUUUCUCAGAGCCGACACACGAGGUGCCCCAGAUAGAGUUUAAGCCUACCCACGAGGUGCCGCAGAUAGAGUUUAGUAAAGAUAAUACCAACAUAACUGUGUCUUCUUUCUCAGAGCCGACCCACGAGGUGCCCCAGAUAGAGUUUAAGCCGACCCACGAGGUGCCCCAGAUAGAGUUCAGUAAAGAUAAUACCAACAUAACUGUGUCUUCUUUGCAAGCUGAGAAGUUGGGAAGAAAAGGAGAAACACUCAACAACAGCUUCAACUUUGAUCACGUGUUUGGACCUCGCCACACCCAAGAAGAUACCUUCGCUGAGGUCUCUGGGCUGGUACAAUCUGCACUUGACGGGUUCAACGUGUGUAUAUUCGCUUACGGGCAAACAGGAAGUGGAAAGACCCACACUAUGCAGGGUCCUAUUGACCCGUCCAGCGAGUACAGGGGCAUUAUCCCGCGAGCUAUGGAGCAGGUCUUCAAGACUGGGGAUGAGAUGGCGGACCAGGGCUGGGACUAUGUGUUUACAGCUUCCUUUCUGGAGAUCUACAACGAGAACCUGCACGAUCUUAUUUGCAGCACCGACCAGAAGAUAGUGAUAAAGCUUGUAAAUGAGAAGACGCGUGAAGUGGAAGUUACAAAUGUCAAGUCUGUUAUUGUACAGAACUGUUAUGAUGUACACGAGUUGCUACUGAAAGCCAACAAGAACCGAACUGUAGCUGCCACAAAGUGUAACGAGAGGAGUUCACGGUCGCAUUCCGUCUUCAGACUCAAAAUUGAGGGGAAAAACACCAAAAACGGUGACACCUGUGUGGGUAACCUAAAUCUGGUGGAUUUAGCUGGUUCAGAACGUGUUGAGAAAAGUGGGAGCACUGGUCAGCGACUGAAAGAGGCUCAGGCUAUAAACACAUCACUCAGCGAACUUGGUAACGUGAUGAUGGCGCUGCAAGAGAAGAAGACCCAUAUUCCGUACCGGAACAGUAAGCUUACCUACCUGCUGUGUAACAGUCUGGGGGGAAACAGCAAGACUCUCAUGUUUGUUAACGUCAGUCCGCUAGACAAACACACCAGCGAGUCCCUCACCAGUCUCCGCUUCGCCAGCAAGGUGAACAAAGUAGAUCUUGGCACCGCUAAGAAGAACAAGUAAUCUCCAGGAAUCUGGACUAACUCUAUCUUCCAGCCCAGUUAACCCGGGCUUUAUCCUCCAUGUCUUCUGAUGAAGUCACUAUCAAGCUGAUGACGUCACUAUCAAGAUGAUGACGUCACUAUCAAGAAGUUAUUGUAACGUUGUACAGAAACGAAAAAAACUUAUAAAUUUCACCAUUCUGUCUUGUGUAUGAUUUAUUGGACAGCACUCAGUGAAAAUGAUAAAGCGUUAUUAGAAGCGUUAUUAGAAGCGUUAUUAGAUGAGAAUGUUAUUUAUUUUCCUGUCAUCCCUGCCCAUUAUUUGUAGAUAUAUUUGCUAUUUUUACGGUUCAUAUUUACGCGGUAACUAAUUAGUAAUUUCUAAUACUAUUUGCAUGGUAACGUAUUACUACUAUUUUCUUCACUUUUCUACUGUAAUUCAAAAAGAACAUGACAAAUAAACCCUCCAUCCUGUGCCGUACUUUUCUUUUGUAGUGUUAUUAGUUGGAUUUGUUGCAGCUUUCCUCAGAAAAGAUGAAAUUUCCUUGCUUUAUUCGUUUAAAGAAAAAUCCUCGCCCUUAGCUGUGAUAGGGGAUCGUUCAAAUAUUACGUUUGGACAAUUUUGGAAUCCCCCCUCUGUAAUCAGUUUUACACAAUAUGGCUAUUGUGAUAAAAUACACUUGCGUAAUAAUUUAGAACCCCACCCCUGACCCCUCUCAGUGAUUAUGUAAUAUUUUAACGACCCCUAAUAGUAAUGGUUAAAUAGUUUCUGUCAUUUUCGCCGGUCUUUAGUAAGGUAUAAGUACCAUUCCAUGAGAUCCAUAUAGAAUUGUCUAGUGUAAUGACUUUAUGACUAUUCUCAUUUGGUGAUGUAAGGUAGUUAAGCUUAAAGUUAGUUAUCACUAUCAUAUAUUUUACUAAUAUUCAAUAAUGAUAAGUUAAUGUUUAAAUUAGGCGAUAUUGUUGGGAUGAUUUAGAUUUUUGACUGAUUUUUCAUGACACAUUGUUGCGAAUA